UCCGAUUCGAUUAGCUUAGCCUGUUCAGCGUGCAAAGAAAGAAGGACGCAGCUUUCGAUUAUCCGAGCAUGUUAGCAGGCAACUUUCAAACACGAUUAUUGGAAUUAUCUUCCCGGAGAAGUGUGCGAUUUGUUCUACCUCCUGGUCGCUGUUGAUCGUGCACUCGGUCAGGCUUCCGGAGUCGGUCAGUAUGCGCUUCUGAUGGAAGGCUAAUGUGACGCUCUCAUGCUGCACGCGCUGCGUGUUAGCACGUCAGAAAUAGUCUGUCUGAAGAAGAGAUGUUGCCGUUGAAGGAGAAGGACAAGAUCAUCAUCCAGAAGCUGUUGGCGUCCGGCUGCUGCGCUCGCUGCGUGCUCAGGUUCUGCUGCAUCGGAGUCCCGGACGCCUACAGGCAGAGCCGCCAGGAAACGCUCAGGCAGCUUCAAGCCUUCGCCGGCACGCCAGAGGACCGCAAAUCUUCCGAAUCCGCAGCGGAGGAGGGAAACAACAAUUCCCAGAAUGCCGCGGCGUCAGAACCAGCCAGCAAGAGAAGCAAACUGGAACCCGAGGAGCCGGCGCCAGAGUCGAGUGUGUGUGUGGUUUGCUUGGGCGUCCUGCAGCACCUCAGCGAUGUCGACCAAGCCGCCGAGAUCGCCGACGCCGUGAAGAAGCAACAGUACGAGGUGGACACGUUGGUGCUGUCCAUCUCGCUCCCUGCUCAGAUGUGCGUGCGGGAGCACUCGUGUUGGCUUCACGUCAAGGAGCAAGUGAGGGCCAAGUGUGGCGUGCUGGGCCGCGACGACGUCAUCCAGGUGAAGGAGGCCUUCAGGUGGAUCAUGCAGGGCCUGCUGGCCCACCAGCUGGCCGGCGUUGCCGUGGUAGCCAAGAGCGCGCUAGAGGUCAGCGUAGGCUUCACUCACUCGGAAACAGACGCCGACUGCCACUUCCUAGCAUCAACUUGUCCCGACUGCUUCAAACCCACCAAGAACAAACAGUCAGUGUUUACCCGGAUGGCGGUGGUGAAAGCUCUGGAGAAGAUCCCCGAUCGCAAAUUCAUCGAAAAGUCGCCGUGCCCGCCGUCCCGCCCUGACACCGGCUGCACGCCGCAGGAAGUCCAGUGUGUGCACAUGUCGGUCUUUGUGGCGGGGCGCUACAACAAGUUCUGCCGCAGCCUGCCACAGACGCCCUGGCUCAUCGAUGGCGAGCGGCGGAUGGAGUCGUCGGUGGAGGAGCUCAUCGCCACGCCCGUUCUUGCCGCCUUCAGAGCGCACGGAUUUAAUUUCUCAUCGUCCGGCCGUGAAGACGUGGACGUUCGCACGCUGGGAAAUGGUCGACCGUUUGCGUUGGAGCUGCUGAACCCUCACAAGAGCAAACUGAGCGAGGAGAACAUGAAGAAUGUCCAGCAGAGCAUCAACGCAUCUUCCGACAAGAUCCGAGUCCGAGAUCUGCAGAUGGUCACCAGAGACGCCAUGAGUCGUAUGAAGCAAGGCGAGGAGGAGAAGACCAAAUCAUAUCGAGCGUUGGUGUGGACACGCAAGUCCAUCCACAAAGACGACAUCGCCUUCCUCAACCACAUCAAGGACCUGACUGUGGACCAGAAGACUCCGCUGAGGGUUCUACACCGCCGCACUUUGGCGGUGCGCCAGCGGCUCAUCCACAGCAUGAGCUCAAACCUGCUGGAUCAACACCACUUCCAGCUCAUCCUCAAGACGCAGGCGGGAACCUACGUCAAAGAGUUUGUUCAUGGAGACUUCGGACGUACUACGCCAAACUUGUGUCGGCUGCUCGACACGGACACAGACAUACUAGAACUAGACGUACAGUCCGUAGACGUGGACUGGCCGCCCACUCUGUCAGAAUGAACUCCACUCACACCGGGGGACAGGACCCGACAGGUCUCGUCCGUACCAACAGAAUCCAAAUGGAUCUAGUCCAUAUGGAUACAGGUCCAUUGCCACAGAGUACAAACAGAUCUAGUCAGAACAGCUCCAGUCCAAAUCAGUUGCUCUGACUUUUUUAUUUUAAUUAUUGUAUUUUUUCGGGGGGUGGGGGUAACAGUUUCCCACUAAAUUUGACUAAAGGAUCUCAGUGGGAAAAAGUUUGCAAGAGUCCACUGACAAAAUCAAACUUUUUGUUGUGGCAUUAAAGAUUACAAAAUAAAAUUAAAUAAGGCAAACGUUUGUGCUUUGCGCCAUCUUUUG